GACAUGUCCAUUCUAAAGACAUCGGCACAUGUUUUGUCUUUUCUUUGCUUCAGUACAUCGAGUCUCGUCAAAAUUGAUUUCGUUUUACUCCUCCUUGGUCCAAAGUCCGUCACUGUAUUAUAGCUAAUAUUAUAACUUGGGACUCAAGAAUCUGCUGAAGUACGCUCGUUGCCAAAACAAGCAUUCCCACGUGGCAAGCUUCUCGAGUACAGUUUGGUGCGAUCGAGGAUUUGAGCGGAAGAAAUGGCGACUUCUUCCCGUCACGCAUCGUCCUCCAAACUCCCUGAAUCAGUUUAUAAUCCCCGCAGGCAUGUCGGCGUGCACGCAGAGUGGGUGUCAGACGUGUCAAGUACGGACUACCCAGGUCACUAUCCAAAUGAGGACCAUAGUUGGAACCUGGAAAAAUUCAAGAAGAACCUGCAAGUGAAAGUGCAAAGACUUUCGCAACGUUCAAUUGAAUUCGACCUAGUCGGAGUGGACGCUUCGAUCGCAAAUGCUUUCCGUAGAAUUCUCAUUGCGGAAGUUCCUACAAUAGCCAUCGAACACGUUUACGUCUGGAACAAUACAUCAGUCAUACAUGACGAAGUACUGGCUCAACGUCUUGGCCUUAUACCAUUCAAUAUCGAUCCUGCGCUUGUGGAGUACAGGACGCCUACUGGCUUCAAUGCGCAACCAAACGACCGAAAUACACUGGUCUUUCGAUUGGCCGUAACCUGCGAGCGAGUGAAGAAUACAAAAAAGGACGUCAAGCCAUCUGAGCAGUACAUUAACGAGUACGUGAAGAGUGGCGAUCUGGUCUGGGUACCACAAGGCGAACAAGAGUCUGUCUUUGCGUCUAACCCUCCCGCGCCCACUAACAAGGAGAUUGUGCUUGCAAAACUCCGACCAGGGCAGGAAAUUGAUAUGGAACUGCACGCUAUCAAAGGCGUAGGGAAGGAGCAUGCUAAAUGGAGUCCGGUCGCGACCGCCUCAUAUCGUCUUCAUCCCCUAAUCAUCCUCAACCCCGAAAAGCCGAUACCACCACAUCUUGCGAAAAAGUUUGCUAGCUGCUUUAGUCCAGGAGUUGUGACAAUUGAUAAAGAUGGCGAAGUGACCAUCGACGAGCGUAAUAUGCGAAAAGACAGUGUUUCCCGCGAAGUCCUCCGGCACAAAGAAUUCGAAGGCUCGGUGCAACUCCGAAGGAUACGCGACUGGUUCAUAUUUAAUGUAGAGUCAGAAGGUCCGUACGCACCAGAGCGACUCUUCCUAGAGUCUAUAAAAGUCAUGCGGGACAAGAUUGCUACCAUCAAGGCUGCGGCGGAGGGUCUCAUGGCGAGCGCAGACGCGGAGCCUAACUUAGCGAAUGCUGAUGGUGAUGUUGAGAUGGGCGAAGCAUAGUUAGAUCACGUUCGUACUUUGGUCACUGUUUGACUAUUAUUUUUGCUCACAUCAGUAUAGAUAGAUGUUAGUGUAGUGUUGAUAGGCGAACCUAAUGAAAGUUUGGUUUGCUAUUACAAGCAGUGUUCAGCUCACA